AACAUCGAAAAUACUCUCAGCUUUUCUACACUCUUUCUCUAUCUCUCUCUCCCUAUAGCUGUAUGUUGUUGUUCGCAUUCAAGUCACAGUCUUUCUCUCUCUCUCCUAAAAAGUGGGUUAUUGGGGAAAAAUUUGCAGAGAAUCGCUUCGAAGGCAAGCUACAAACCCUAGCCUAUCCCAGCAAUUUUACUGUUUCAAGAAGAGGGAGAUUUUUGCUCUUACUGAUUACGAUUGCUUUUCUUACUUCACUUUAGAUCUCUAUAAAUUACUCUUUUUGUCCUGCAAUGUGCAAAUAAACUUCCUUUUUCAGUGAAAAAAUGGCGUCGAAACAAGGCUUAAAAUCAAGAAAACAAGCAAACUCUGCAUCAUCCUCAACUACAUCGUCUUCUAAGCAGUUUUUAGAAACUUCGUUUGACGCACAAACUUCUUUGGCACCUUCGUCGACGAGGAGUAAGCAUCGUCAUCAGUAUCUGUUCUCUGAGAGUGCUGCUGUUGAUGAGAAAUCCAAGGAGAAUGUCACCGUCACUGUUCGCUUUCGUCCACUCAGUCCGAAGGAAAUCCGACAAGGUGAAGAGAUUGCUUGGUAUGCGGAUGGCGAGACGGUUGUGAGGAGUGAGCAUAAUCCGUCCAUAGCAUACGCUUAUGAUCAAGUAUUUGGGCCUACAACCACUACACGCCAUGUUUACGAUGUUGCUGCUCAACAUGUUGUAAAUGGUGCAAUGGAGGGAAUCAAUGGCACUAUUUUUGCAUAUGGAGUGACCAGCAGUGGGAAGACUCACACUAUGCAUGGUGAUCAACGAUCUCCAGGAAUUAUACCAUUGGCUGUGAAGGAUUCUUUUAGUAUUAUCCAAGAGACUCCUAGCCGAGAAUUUCUCCUCCGUGUGUCCUAUAUUGAGAUUUACAAUGAGGUGGUUAAUGAUUUGUUGAAUCCAGCUGGACAGAACUUGAGAAUCAGAGAGGACCAUCAGGGAAUUUUUGUUGAAGGAGUGAAAGAAGAAGUGGUUCUGUCACCAGCCCAUGCAUUGUCGUUGAUUGCAGCUGGUGAAGAACACAGACAUGUUGGCUCAACCAAUUUCAAUCUUCUUAGCAGCAGAAGCCAUACAAUAUUUACCUUGACCAUUGAAAGCAGUCCUUUUGGGAAUAACAGUGAAGGAGAAGCUGUUAACCUCUCUCAGCUGCAUCUCAUCGAUCUGGCAGGUUCUGAGAGCUCCAAAGCCGAGACCACUGGUGUCCGGCGGAAGGAAGGAUCUUACAUAAAUAAAAGCUUGCUGACUCUUGGGACAGUAAUAUCGAAGCUAACAGAAGGUAGAUCUACACAUAUACCAUACAGAGAUUCCAAAUUAACUAGGUUUCUUCAAUCCUCAUUAAGUGGCCAUGGGCGUGUUUCGCUCAUUUGCACUGUAACUCCUGCAUCAAGCAAUGCUGAGGAAACGCACAACACUUUAAAGUUUGCUCAUCGUGCCAAGCAUAUUGAAAUUCAAGCAGCACAGAAUAAAAUAAUUGAUGAGAAGUCACUCAUUAAGAAGUAUCAAAAUGAGAUUCGGUUGCUCAAGGAAGAAUUGGAACAACUGAAGAAGGGCAUUCUCAAUGUUCCUGAACUAAAAGAAAGUGGAGGACAAGAAAUUGUACUUCUAAAACAGAAGCUAGAAGACGGGCAAUUCAAACUGCAAUCACGUCUGGAAGAAGAGGAAGAAGCUAAAGCGGCUCUUUUGUCUAGAAUACAACGGUUGACAAAAUUAAUAUUGGUCUCCACUAAGUCUUCACCGUCACGAUUUCCUCACCGUGCUGGUCCAAGGAGAAGGCAUUCUUUUGGGGAGGAAGAGCUUGCUUAUCUACCUCAUAAGAGACGUGAUUUGAUCCUGGAAGAUGAAAAUAUUGACUUGUACAUUGCGGAUGGAUAUGCUGAAAAUGACACCUUAAAAGAGGAGAAGAAGUCUCGUAAAAAUGGACUCUUGAACUGGUUAAAGAUUCGGAAAAAAGAUGGUAGCUUGGGUACUAGUAGCGAUAAAUCGAGUGCUGUGAAAUCAAAUAGUACACCAUCAACUCCACAAGCGGAAAGUGUUAAUCUCAAUGCAGAUACCAAGCUUUCCCAGUCUUUGCUUAUGGAAAGAACUGAUUCAGCGGAGCUUUCCCCUGUGGCUAGACAGGAAAGAGAAAUUGUUGAAGACUUUUCUGGACUGGAGACACCUUUGACAAGUACAAAAUCAAUCGAUCAGAUUGAUCUCCUCAAGGAGCAAAAAAAGAUUUUGUCUGGUGAGGUUGCACUUCAUUCAAGUGCACUGAAGCGAUUGUCUGAAGAAGCAGCAAAGGAUCCUAAAAAGGAGCAAAUCCAUGAUGAAAUGAGGAAAUUGCGAGAAGAAAUCAGAAGCAAAAGUGAACAGAUAGCUUUCCUUGAGAAGCAAAUUGCUGAUACUGCAACUAGUAACUAUGACAAGAUGGAUAAAUCUGAGCUGUCGCAAACUGUUGCCGAACUUGUGAGCCAACUAAACGAGAAGUCUUUUGAGCUAGAGGUGAAAACUGCAGAUAAUCGUAUAAUUCAAGAACAACUUGAUAAGAAGAUCGGUGAAUGUGAAGCAUUGCAGGGAGAAGUUAGUUCCUUGAAACAGCAACUCUCUGAGGCCUUGGAAUCAAAAAAUCAUCAUUCAGGAUCAAUAUCUGGGGAAGUUGAGGUGAACAGGGGAAACAGGUCAUCAGUAGAUUUGGAUGAAAAGUUACGAUUGCGUGCUCAGGCCACUGAGAUUGAAGAGCUGAAACAGAAAGUGACUUUACUGAACGACAUCAAGGAUCAGCUGGAACAACGUAAUAAGAAGCUGGCAGAGGAAAGUUCAUAUGCCAAAGGAUUGGCUUCUGCUGCUGCUGUCGAAUUAAAGGCUUUGUCCGAGGAGGUUACCAAGCUAAUGAAUCAAAAUGAAAGGUUAACUACAGAGAUGGCUGCUUUAAAGAAUCCACCCCCUCAGCGUAGAUCUGCAGGAACACUGAGAAACGGAAGGAGAGAAACUCACGUGAAACGCCAUGACCAGGGCCCGAGUACCUCAGAUCUUAGAAAGGAGCUAGCCAUUAGCAAAGAACGGGAACUUACAUAUGAAGCUGCCCUACAAGAAAAGGAUCAACGAGAAGGAGAACUUCAGAGAAGAGUAGAAGAAUCUAAACAACGAGAAGCAUACUUGGAGAACGAACUUGCUAAUAUGUGGGUUCUAGUGGCGAAGCUGAAAAAAUCACAAGGAACGGACUCUGAUAGUAUCUCGGAACCUGCUAGAGAGAGCCCAAGAACCGACAACUGGUGACUUACAUAGGUUUAUUUUUGCAUGUACAAAUACUGGGGGUGGGAGUUGUAAAUUGAAGAUGUGUAGCUGAAGUUAGUAACUUAGUUUCAGGGUUUUUCUUUAACAAACUCAUAUUGUUUUCGCUGUGAGCGCUGAUGAGUGUUUUUUUUACGUUAUUGAUACCCUGAUUCCGUUGUAAUUAAUACCAAUCAAGUUCUUUUUGGGUAACCUUGGGUUUGUUUGAUGUAUUACUACGUACUACUAUCUAGCUUAUCCUGGCUCAAUAGGAAAUAACCUUUGUGUUUUGAAAGGAUAAGACUAUAUUUGACUCUUCUCCUUGUUAUGUUAGAUGUUAGAUUCCUAAUGGUGAAAUAAUGGAAUGUCACCCUAUAAAAUAGGCUUGAAUUCU